AUGGGUGGUCGUUUUCACCGAGCAAAUGACAAGCAACACCGCCGAUACGGCCCUAUUUUCCGCGUAUCCCCGAACGAGCUGUCCUUUGCCAGCGUCGCGUCCUGGAAAGAUAUCUACGGUCAUCGUGCCAGCGGGCAACUUCCCUUGAUCAAGAGUCAGUUCUACGAGAUUUACGGUGCAGGGUUUGGCUCCUUGUGUAUCGGAAGCGAGCGCGACCCAGACAGGCACACACGGAUGAAAAAGUCCCUCUCACCGGCCUUUUCUCCCCGUUCUUUGAAAGACCAGGAGGCCAUUGUUAGUCAAUGCGUCGAUCGCUUUGUAUCCAGGGUGGGUGAGCCCGAGCCGAAUGCUGAAGGGUUGAACAUGACCAAGUGGACGAAAUGGUGGCAUUCGAUAUCCUCGGAGAACUAA